AGAUAAAGAAGAAGUUGUCUUAUGGAUGAAUACUGUUGGGCCCUAUCAUAAUCGCCAAGAGACAUAUAAAUACUUUUCACUUCCAUUCUGUGUGGGGUCAAAAAAAAGUAUCAGUCAUUACCAUGAAACACUGGGAGAAGCACUUCAAGGAGUUGAAUUGGAAUUUAGUGGCCUAGAUAUUAAAUUCAAAGAUGAUGUGAUGCCAGCUACUUACUGUGAAGUUGACUUAGAUAAAGAAAAGAGAGAUGCAUUUGUAUAUGCUAUAAAAAAUCACUACUGGUACCAGAUGUACAUAGAUGACUUACCAAUAUGGGGUAUUGUUGGUGAAGCAGAUGAAAAUGGAGAAGAUUACUAUCUGUGGACCUACAAAAAACUUGAAAUAGGUUUUAAUGGAAAUCGAAUUGUUGAUGUUAAUCUAACUAGUGAAGGGAAAGUGAAACUGGUUCCUAAUACUAAAAUCCAGAUGUCAUAUUCAGUAAAGUGGAAAAAGUCAGAUGUGAAAUUUGAAGAUCGAUUUGACAAAUAUCUUGAUCCAUCCUUUUUUCAACACAGGAUUCAUUGGUUUUCAAUCUUCAACUCCUUCAUGAUGGUAAUAUUCUUGGUGGGCUUAGUUUCAAUGAUUUUAAUGAGAACUUUAAGAAAGGAUUAUGCCCGAUACAGUAAAGAAGAAGAAAUGGAUGACAUGGAUAGAGACCUAGGAGAUGAGUAUGGAUGGAAGCAGGUGCAUGGAGAUGUAUUCAGACCAUCAAGUCACCCACUGAUAUUUUCCUCUCUCAUUGGUUCUGGAUGUCAGAUAUUUGCUGUGUCUCUCAUUGUUAUUAUUGUUGCAAUGAUAGAAGACUUAUAUACAGAGAGGGGAUCAAUGCUCAGUACAGCCAUAUUUGUCUAUGCUGCUACAUCUCCAGUGAAUGGUUAUUUUGGAGGAAGUCUGUAUGCUAGACAAGGAGGAAGGAGAUGGAUAAAGCAGAUGUUUAUUGGGGCAUUUCUUAUCCCAGCUAUGGUGUGUGGCACUGCUUUCUUCAUCAACUUUAUAGCCAUCUAUUACCAUGCUUCUAGAGCCAUUCCUUUUGGAACAAUGGUGGCCGUUUGUUGCAUCUGUUUUUUUGUUAUUCUUCCUCUAAAUCUUGUUGGUACAAUACUUGGCCGAAAUCUGUCAGGUCAGCCCAACUUUCCUUGUCGUGUCAAUGCAGUGCCUCGUCCCAUACCGGAGAAAAAAUGGUUCAUGGAGCCUGCAGUUAUUGUUUGCCUGGGAGGAAUUUUACCCUUUGGCUCAAUCUUUAUUGAAAUGUAUUUCAUCUUCACAUCUUUCUGGGCAUAUAAGAUCUAUUAUGUCUAUGGCUUCAUGAUGCUGGUGCUGGUCAUCCUAUGCAUAGUGACCGUCUGCGUGACCAUUGUAUGCACAUACUUUCUACUAAAUGCAGAGGAUUAUAGAUGGCAAUGGACAAGUUUUCUCUCUGCUGCAUCAACUGCAAUCUAUGUUUACAUGUAUUCCUUUUAUUACUAUUUUUUCAAAACAAAGAUGUAUGGCUUAUUUCAAACAUCAUUUUACUUUGGAUACAUGGCAGUAUUUAGCACAGCCUUGGGGAUAAUGUGUGGAGCAAUUGGUUACAUGGGAACAAGUGCCUUUGUCCGAAAAAUCUAUACUAAUGUGAAAAUUGACUAGAGACCCAAGAAAAUCUGGAACUUCGGAUCAAAAUGGGGUGGAACUUGCACAGCAUAAAGAGCAAGAAGAGAUUUGGGCUUUAACACUGGGUACUCUGUGGGUCUCUCUUUCGUGGAUGACUUAAAGUAACAUCUAUUUCCAUUGAUCCUAGGUUCUUAUUGACUGCUUUCUCCAACUGUUCACAGCAAAUGCUUGGAUUUUAUGCAGUAGACAUUACUACAGUACAUGGCUAAUCUUCCCAAAAACUAGCUCAUUAAAAAUGAAAUAAACAAGCUCUCUUCAGUGAAGAGGACAAAUAGUUUAUUUAAAGCAUUUGUUCAAAUAAAAUUAAUAGGGGGAAAUGCGGAUGCUAAAAUUACAUGACUAGAAAUCUUCCUGGCACUUAGUGUUUCUACAUUAUUGAACAAUGAUGUUCCAGAAAGAUUACUUUUUUUCUCUUAUUUUUAUUGCCAUUGUCAAUCUGUUGUGGGACAUUUUUAUAUAUUGAAUCUGGGUUCUUUUUUGACCUGCUUUUUUUUUCUCCCAACUCAACUGCAUCCUUUUUUUUUUUUAAGUGAGAAUUAAAAAUCAAUCCUGCAUGUAAUAUAUAUCUGCUGUCAUCUUAGUUGGACCAACUUUAUUUAUCUUAAAACUAUUCAGUUAAUUUUAAUUCCAUCCAAAGAAGAUACAGUCUGAAGAUAGAGAUGUACUCUCUAUAAUGCAAUUUACUGUACAGUUAGAAAGCAAAGUGUUAAAUGGAGAAGAUACUUGUUUCUAUUAAACAUUUUGAGAUUUAGAUAAACUACAUUUUAACUGAAUGUCUAAAGUGAUUACCCCUCCCCCCUCUUCCCACAUUAGUCUUACAUUUUUUUUGGAUUUGAAUGAAGGUUUUACAUAAGAAAUUAUUAAAAAUGGGGGGUGGGUAAUAAAUGUAUAUAACAUUAAAUAAUGUAACGUAGGUGUAGAUUCCCAAAUGCAUUUGGAUGUAAAGAUUGACUACAGAGUACUUUUUUCUGAUGAUGAUUGGUGUAGAAAUGUUUGAAUUUGGAUGGCUUUUUACAUCUUGCCUACCAUUGCAUGAAACAUUGGGGUUUCUUCAAAAUGUGUGUCAUACUUCUUUUGGGGGGGGAUUGUUUUCUUCUGUUUCUUCUCUGGGACUCCUACAGGAGCUAAAUUUGUAAUUUAGAAACAUCUAAUUUUGUUAAUCCUGUCUGGGGCACUUAAAUAACAUCUAAAGCAUUACUGCUUUAGAAUGUUAAAAUAAAAUUUCCUGACCAAAUUGUUUUGUGAAAAUAGAUGUGUUUGCAAUUUGAAGAUAACUUUUUAAAAAGGCAAUAUUACUGAAUGCGAUUUUUAAAAGUACACUAUAAACUAUACUUUUCUAAUACAGGGAACACCCACUUUAAAAUCCCCAAACUUGCUUACAUCUAGAUUGUCCAGUAUAGUCACCAAGUGAAUGACAAGCCCUUUGAAUGAAAUUAUGGCACAAAAUCUGUUCAGGUUGGUGUACCAUGUAAAGUGGGAAUGGGGUGAAACUGGUUAGCUGAUUCCUGGAUGAGCAAAUAAAGGUUGCAUUUUAAUAAAGAAGUAGUUUUAAUUUGAAUACAUCUUUUGGGACUAUCCAUAAUGUGAAGUUCUCCUAGAACCAUUGAGUAUCUAGUUUAAUAGUUUGCUAUGCAAAUGACCAGUUGAAACAGUAUUGUAUAUUAGUUUUUAGAUAGGCCGGAAACAGCUGUAUUUAAAUCUUAAUGUGAAACUCCUGCCGUCAGAAGUUACAUAAAAUGUUUUCAUUAAAAAAAUGUUUUUAUAAAUUAAUCAAGUCUACACUCUAUAGUAUGAGAUGUAAAAACUAUACCGAGUGAAAAGUUUGUUUUCUUACCAGUUAAGUAUAGCUGGCAUGGGAAAACAAGUCUGAUAAGACGCUAGAGGUAAAUCCUCUUCUUCAACCAAAAUGUUACAUUAAAUGUAACCCGCCAGUUCUUCCAGUUUCUCUUCCUCCUUACCGGCAAAUACCAUCUUAAUCUGAAAGUCAGUAUUUAAUAAUGACUUAUGUAAUUUUUAACUCCAUGUAAAGUAAUUUUAACAACAUAUAGUCUGUCUGAUAGAGUAUAUAAAUUGGAUAGCAAGCUUUUAUCUUAAUAAAAUUAAAAUUUGUUUCAUGAUUUUGUAGGUACGAGGUAAGGUUUUUAAGGAAUGAGUGUGUUAGCUGCUUUCAAAUACAUAAGUCUAAAUUGAACACUAUUGCAAUCUUAAGUGAAAUUAGUUUUUUCCAAUUUUCCAGAUACAUUGAGUUCCAUUGGAAUGACUAUAAAUCUCCUUGAAAGUCCUUUAAAAAUUUGUGUUAGUGUAUGACUUCAUAGAGGGUUUGGAUGUGUUUCUGUAUCUAGAGAAGCACUAAUUUACCAAUGCUCUAGCUCCCUAGCUCUCAGAUAUAGAAUAAUAAAGUAGAAUAUUAUUUAAUUAAAGGGUUUCUACUCCAUUUAUGCCAUGUAUCUUUCAUUCACCAUUAUUUGCUCAACUUACCAACUGAUGCUUUGAGCACUAUCAAAAAUUCCGAAUAAGUUUUCCUCUUUUAUCUGUAAGCAUGCUUCUCCUGAUAUUUAGCUACAUCAGUAGUUGUCAUUGUUACACACAUAUCCUAGUACAAAUGUAGGAUGAGGUGGAACUACGAUGCUUAGCCAGUAAACCAUUCUUUAGUGUAUCGUGCUGGGCUCCUUGAAUUGCCCAUAAAUCAACCCCCAUCCUCUUAAAAUCCGUUAUGUGGUGGUGAUAGCUGAACCUAGUGAAUGGUCCGCUUGGGUAUUCUCAAAUGGAUGGACCUCUGUAUAAAUGUGGUUGCUGCAAAUUCUAGUUCUUCCAAAAGCCACUUUAUUUAGAGUUUAUCCACAACUUAUAUUCAUUUUGAUAGAAAAUUUUGUUUUCUAAAUGUUUACUAACCACCUUAUGCCAAAUGUCUUGCAAAUUUUAUUUUUAACUUUCUUGAAUUUUUACAAAUGUAAAAAAGAGACACUGUUUUAAUGUAAUUUGUUUAGGAAAAACUACAUACUGAAGGGCUGCUUCUGUAUAUGAUUUCUGGGAAAGAAAAACCUAUUUGUAAUGUGCAUACUACAGUUGCAUCUGGUUUUUAGGUUUAGAUUUCAGCAUUAAUAUUUCAUUUUGUUGAUUUUGAGACAAAUAGUUAAUAGAAGUGUAUGAUAUAUGAAAGCACAGUAUUCAUUAAUGUUUUACAUCUUCCUAAAAGUUCCAUAGCUAUGAAGCUAUAUUUUAACAAUGAAGAUGUUAAAGAAUCAAAGAAAUGAAAAUUUAAAAAGAUUGUUUGGAAUUGUGUACAGAAAUAGUCUAGAUUUAAAGGUAGGGUAGAUAUCUACAGAAAGUUAACAUAGCUGCAGAAAUUUUGUAAGAUUCAAUUUAAAACUCAAGAAUAAUUCUUUUCCAUUUUUCUAAAAGCCAUCUGAUUUAACAUUAUUAUUGGAGCUGUAGGCAGAAGUGUGCAAAGACAAAGUAAAAUUUCAGUUCUUAUUUGACUGUCUUAGGAAAUGGAAAAAAAAUCAUGAAGGCAUCUGACAGUCAAGUAUUGAUGAACUAAACUUGCUAACAGAUUGAUGAGGCAAUGUGUGUUAUCCCAGUUCAUCAGUAUAGGUCAUUUGGAAGUCAUAAAUGUUAUAAGAAAGAGCUGAAGAUAGGAAAGAUAGAACACAGAAUUCUAUUUGAAGGAUAACAAUAUACUUGGAAAAGCAGGCCCACUUGGGCUUUUCAACUGUGACAACCUUGACUUUAAUAAUCCCCACAGAGCAUGGACAAUCGGUGACAUAGUUGGAAGGAAAUAACUAUUCCUUGAUGAUUGCUUCCAUUUUGUACACACUCUGGAUUUGUGUAGGCCAUUAUGCCAAUUGACUUUUUAGUAAUAGAAAUCCAGUAUAUAAUGUAUCAGAUACAUUUGAGAUUCUAAUCUAGUCUGUUAAUCUAAUUAAAGGUGGAUUUUUAAAAAGUAAUAAACAGUUAAAUGUACUUCCCUUGAAUGCUUUAUUUCUUUCAU